UUUUGAAAAUUGAAUAAAGUGCUCCUUAUGCAGAUUGGUCGGUUUCAGGAUUAUCGAUAGGCUCUAAAGUAACUGGAUUAUAAUGAGUGAUGUACUUACAUGUAGGCACUAGUGAUGCAUCAGGUGAAGUUGGAGAUAAUUCCCGCUCUUAUAGUCUAAAGUAGCUCAGUAAUAAUGAGGAUUUGUCAGUGUAUAUUAUUAUCUUAUUAAUAUUAAUCUUGUUAGUGAUGAUUAAUCUGAGCUAGUAAUUUAAGAAUAGCGCUUAUCGUGACAUCACCAGUAAAGCAUAUUAUUAAAGUGCGUCAGUGAAACUUCUUCAGUGUCUUCAACUGUGGCCACGACCGUGCAAGUACAAAUGUGCUUGUGGUGCAAACAGACGUAUUAGAAUAUAUUUUUUCUUUACACUCGUGGUCUGUCAAUAUGAUAAUACUGCUUUUUUUGAUUCUUUCUUUGUAGUGGUUUGAUGUAAUAAUUCCUUUUAUGUAUUAAGGUUUCAAUCGCCCAAAAUGUGCAGCAAAUCAAAGUUCACAACCAAAGCUGGUUUGAUGUGUUGUGACAAUAAAGAACUUUCAAUGAACGGACUCAUGUAAGACAAAGAGCACUUUUUCUUUAUUCCUUUCACACAUCGUGUUCAUCAGACGGAAUCAAAGCUUUGUAGUCGGCCAUCAGCGUUUUCUUCUCUGCUUUGAGGUCAAGUGUGCAGUUUGACUCGUGAAUGGGCCUCAUAACGAGCGUUAACGUCACUAGUGUCCCUUUAAUGCUGCUGUCAAUUAGCGCGUCAGAUGGCGCUGCAUGGACUCUUCUCAUUGAAGCUGUCCACAGUGGAAAUCGAUCUUAAACUCACCUAAAUAUUAGUUCAUCACAGACUAAAAUUUCUAAUUAAAAAAACAAAACAAACAACAACAACAACAACAACAAAAAACUGUUGAAGGAAUAAAAUAAAAUAAUAAUGUCUUUUGUUACAUUUCAUUUCAUUAUGACGCUGUUUUUUUGUUUAUCCAAUAAUUGAUUGCAGCUUUGCAGUUUGGAUGUUGCACUUGUCAUAUGGCAAUUUUGAUCAUAUUUCUAUUAAUUGUGCAGCCCUGUACAAAUGUACAUCUAAUACAAAUAAAAUAAAAAAUAAAAUUUCCACCAUUGCCUCUAAAAGAACAUUACUAAGUUUUCUUUUUCAAAAGUAUAUUAACAGAAAUGUAAGUUAAAAUAAAUGUCUAGUUCUUGAAGAAAUGUGUAAGAAAUGUACUAUUAAUGUUUAUUGUUGACAUUUAUUACCCCACUUGAAAAAGUUCUCCUGUUCAGUCCAUUAUUAGAGUUGUUAUAUUCUGGGGUCCAGCCUUCUACAAACCCACUGGAUGAGGCUAUUUAAGCUUAAACAGGCAAUAUAAAUGAACCAGUAAUUAAAAUCAUAUAUUUAUGCUCAGUGUCCGUGUGUCACAUUGACCUGAACUUGCCCCCAGCAUGCUCCUAUAACAGCUCAGCUGCAGAGAGUCAUUUUUUCUGAUUAACUCCUGCGUUACUUUCCCAUUAAUCACAGCGCGGUGCUGCAGCUCCUAAUCUCCUUAACUAAUAUUAUUGUCACGGCUUCUUAUCAAAGGGAUCUGUAAUAUACACAAGAACAACAAUCAGAGCGCUGGGCUUUUACACUUUUCACACCUCGGACACUACAAAGGCCAAUUGGUUUCGAUACACAACAAGCUUGUCACUUUAAGUGUCCCGUGGAUCACACACACCCUUCAUCCAUCCAGCCUGACACAUCACUUCAGGGAUGAGAGAGGGCGGGAUUAUAUAAACAGAGAGCCGGCCUCUCACCUGGACCAUUCGUGGAUCUACCUGUAGACGAGCAACAACACAACCUGGGAGUUAUGAAGGGACUAGCCGUGGAUUUCUCUUUUGCGCUUCUUCUUCUGGUGGAUUUGGUUCUCGGCCAGCCCUUUCCCGGGAUGCACCCUGACGGUCUGCUCCGUGGGAUGGGCGGCGGCUCCAGACGCUCCGUGCAGCGGCAUCAGGGCGGCAGGCUGCCCCUCUACAUGAUGCAGCUGUACCGGACCAUGCUGACCGAGGACCGGGCCGGCUCUCCUCCUGCCAGCGUGAGCACUCACACACGGACGGAGGACAACCCGGCACUGCACGACUCCGACUCUGUCAUCAGCCUUGUCGCUAAAAGCUGCCAUCAGAAUGGCAAGAGGUGGUCCGUCACCUUUGACAUGUCCUCCAUGUCUGCAAGCGACCACGUCCAGCUGGCUGAGCUUCGCAUCCGCCUGCCUGCUUUCACCGAGUCCUCCCGAGCCUCGGUGGACAUCUACCACUCCCACAGGGACCACUGCUCCGGCAUGCACUGCCCAGAGAACAGGCUGUUGCUGGGCCGCCUGAGAGCUCAUCCCAGUGCGAUGGUCUCCCCGUCCUCCUGGAGGGUGUUCAACAUGACAGAGGUGCUCCGUCGCUGGCUGCGGCGGGAGCACCCCACUCUGAGGACGGAGGAGCCUGAGGUGGAGGAGGGGGAGGAGGAGGAAGAGCGGGAGCAGGAUGGAGUCCAGCACCAUACAUCUGACCGGGUCAUGAUGGUGGUCUUCUCGAGGCAGAACCCAAGCGGCCAGCGAAUGCCAACGCUCAUCCGCACGGCUGAGCACUCCAAGUACGUCAGCCUGGACAGGGACAGCUCCAGGACCGGCAGGGCCAAGAGGCACCACAAAACCCAGCAGAAGAGACGGAGAGGGGUCAGAGCUGCUCCCGCAAGCGGCCCCGCAGAGGAGAAGAAGGGUCCUCUCUGCAGGAAGGUGGACAUGUGGGUCGACUUUGACAAGAUCGGCUGGAGUGAGUGGAUUGUCUAUCCCAAACGGUACAACGCCUUCCGCUGUGAGGGGAACUGUCCGACACCAGUAGAUGAGACCUUCACCCCAUCUAACCACGCAUACAUGCAGAGCCUGCUGAGGCUUCACCACCCAGACAAGGUGCCGUGUCUCUCCUGCGUGCCAACCCGCCUGGCACCGCUUUCCAUGUUGUACUACGAGAACGGGAGGAUGAUCAUGAGGCAUCACGAGAACAUGGUGGUGGAGGAGUGCGGCUGUCACUGAUCCAAGGACCUGAAAACCUUUCGGUUAAAGGUCAGACGGACUGAAGCCGCUGAGCCACAGGCCCAGAGGAACCUACUGACAUGGGCCUGAGCUGCUCAGAGGCACAAAGUGGAUGGAGGUCCACAGGCACUUUAAAGACAGAGGCUGCUGCUGCAUUGCACAAUAUGAGAGAAGGGAACUACUGUUUAUCCUGGACACAGCUCUCUAAAUUAUGGAUUUAAGGAAUUACGGAAUGUAAAAUUGUUGGUACUUUUUGUAGAAAAUUAGGUGACUGAAACAAAACAAGGUCAAGACAGAAGCAGGCUGUGGUUUCCUGACUGAAGCACUAUAGCAGAAACAGUUGUACAAACUGUUGUUUUAUGCUCGUAAACUGAAUUUUUAAGGAUCUUAUUGAAAUGACAAAUGUCUGAAAGGUGUAAGCGCUUUUACUUUACUGAAAUGUCUGGGUCACAUUGACCCAUUUGUAUAUUUACUAUGUACAGUAAUACAAUAAAUUAUUUCUUAUCU